CUAAAGGUUGCAGGAAGUUGCGCGCUUGCUGAGCUCUCGAAAGCCGGAUACCCGCGGCGCGACUCGCACGGAAGGAAUCAUGAGGCGCUGACACCACCUCGUCCGCAAUGCUGUUGCUGCUGUUGUUAUUGUUGUGGCCGCGUUAAUCGCGACGCGUAGAGACGCUGCGUGGACGAGGGGAGACAGCGGGCGGUGCUGGCAGCAGUGCCGCCCGCCUGUCCGCCUCGAGAGCACACGGAUUCAUUAUCGAGGGGUAAUCGAGCGGCGGUCAGCAGCUGUUUGGCAGUCACGGCACGAGUUCACGCCGAGUCAUCCGCAGUCGCAAGCCGCGGCCUGAGCAAAGUUUGAACACUUGGACUCAGAGCUCCUUUCACAUCAUCAUCACCAUCCACCUCCUCCAUCACCCUCCUCCACAACUCGCUCGCCCGCCCGCUCGCUUCCUCCUCCGCCAUCGCUCGGGGAAGCCAUGGCAGGGCGCCACGCCUCCGGCAAGACGCGGGAUGACGAGGAGGUUGACGAGGACGAGGGUGAGGAUGAAGGCGACGACGAGGAGGAGAGGAGAGGAAGGCUGCGUCGCUGCGUCAUCUCCACCAUCGCCAGCGAGGCCGGCGUGUGGAGGAAGACGGCGGGGGGAGAGCUGACGGGACCCGAUGAUGGGCGUGAUGAGGAGGAGGAUGAUGGUAACGAUGUUGAUUAUGUGAGCUCUGGCCGCGAUCACUCCGCCACCACCGAAGUCAAACUGCGACGCGGUAACGUGGCAGCCGCGGCGCGGCUCCAGGAGGAAAUGGCCAACUCCUGUCCGCCCGUACGCGAUGUGGUGAGCGGCGACGUGGUGAGCGGCGAUGUGGUGAGCGGCGAUGUGGUGAGCGGCGACGUGGUGAGCCGCGUUGAGCCGCACGCAGCCGCCCACCUCUCCGCGCUCAGCCUGGAGACCGGCUACGACUCUGCGAGCUCCAUGGGCGACCUGCACCACCUCGGGGAGUCUCCUGGCGAGAUGAAGAACGCGAGGGAGGACGCGGCGGGUAGACGGAAAGAGCCGGGAGAAGUCAUCGCCUCAGCCGGCCACGGGCACGAGGUGGAGCUGGUGUACAGCGACAGCGAUGAUGAUGAUGGUGGUGAUGGUGGUGGUGGUGAUGGUGGUGGUGGUGGAGAGUGCGAGUGGUCUGCGCACGGCUGGGAGAGCGCCCCGCACCACCUCCCCGCGCCGCUGGUGUUCGCGCCCUGCCGCGUGUGUCUCCUGCCCGCCGUGUGCGACCCCCUGGGCUGCUGCGCCGAGCCCGUGUGCGGGGAGUGCAUGCGGGCCUACUGCACCAGCCAGGUGCAGCUGAGCCGCGCGCGCGUGCGCUGCCCGACCCCCGAGUGCCCCGGCGCGCUGAGCGAGCGUGUGGUGCUCACGCACCUGGGCGCCGAGCAGGCCGCGCGCUUCUGCUACCUGCUUGCGCUGAGCCGCGCCGGCUCGCGCACCAGGCCCUGCCCGGGCUGCGGCCACCUCCUCACGCCGGGGGGAGGGGGGCCAGCCACCGCCGCCCGCGCCGGCGACGGGACCUCCUCCGACGUGGGCGACGCGGUGGAGGGGGGCUCCCUGCCGGCCCCCCAUGGCAAGUUGGUCAAGCGCGGCAGCAGGAAGCGCAAGGAGCGGCCCCCCAGCAAGGUGCAGUGCCCCAAGUGCCACGUGCUGUGGUGCUUCGCGUGCCACGCGCCCUGGCACGAGGGUGUCAGCUGCAAGGAUUACCGUGGAGGGGACAAGCUGCUGCAGCGCUGGGCCGGGCAAGUGAAUGUGCAGGGGCAGCGCAACGCGCAGAAGUGCCCUCGCUGCAAGGUUCACAUCCAGAAGACGGAAGGCUGCAACCACAUGAUCUGCUCGCAGUGUGAGACCAACUUCUGCUACCGCUGCGGCGAGCGCUACCGGGAGCUGCGCUUCUUUGGCGACCACAACACCAAGCACAGCGUCUUCGGUUGCCGCUUCAUCUACUACCCCGAGCGGCCCAACCUGCGGCGCCUCGUCCGCGGCGCGCUCUGUGGUGCCAAACUCUGUGCCACCCCCCUGCUGCUGGUCGCCAUUGUCAUAUUCGGAAUCCUCGCGCUGCUCGUCGGGAUCUUCGCGGGUCCUAUCUACCUGCUCUGCAAGUCUCGGCGCCAAACGCCCGUGGAGAUGUACGUGUGACAUCUGCAGGCCCGAAUGCGGCACCACCACCCCUCCUACCCCCCUUUACACUCAGUCCUGCACCACUGCACCAUCACAUCCAAGGAUCGGUAUACUGGAUGUGGUGUUGUCGGGUGCAGAAACGUUUUCCGAGUCGCUGGUAGACUCGGUGUAGAUGGUAGGUGACUUCGUAAAAGCCACAGCCAGAAUAGCCAGACGUAUACUAGAUGUGGUGUGCUGAGUACAGAAAUGCUUUGUGGAUUGGACCCAGCUGGAAUUGUGCCCCGCAUAGCAGGGCACAGCACCAAUCAUCAUCAUCAUCACCCUCAUCAUCUUCACCCAGGAUCAUCAUUACCAUCAUCACUGUAAUCAUCCAAUCAUCAUCAAAACCAUCACAAUUUACAUUCGUAUCAUCUUCACAUAUCAUCACUAUCAUCUAUACCCAUCAUUAUCAUACCGACUCAUCAAUAUCAUGAGCAGCAUCACUGUAUGGUGCUGUAUCAACAGCGCUGGUGGUAUAAAUGGACUGCCCUCAUCAUGGAAACGUAGAAUCUCCACCACUUGCUCGUGGACCCGAGUGGAGAUGAGGGUAGAGGGUCGCUUUGACCAUGUGCACACUAUUGAAGGGCAGCAGAUGGAAGCCCAUCAAUGAAUUGAAUCUAUCUGUGCGGAGCCUCGUGAGCCAACUGUACGCGCGGCGCUGAGUGCUCUCUGGGGUUCUUCCACGCCAAACUCUCAUCACUCAAGGGAUCACGGCCAAACCUCCCCACGUAGCAGCACCCUCCUGAACAACAAGCCCUGAGACUCGUUGAGGCUCCAGGUAAGUAGCUAAACAAACCGCACCGGUUGCAGCGUUAUCAUUAACAUCGGUAAAGUUGUUUUUUAUCACUCUGUGAGGGUGGGGUGGGGGGCAUUGUGGGGGGCUCAGGAAGAUGCCCUUGGCACCGGAAGAAGUAACCUCUUCCUGUGGAGCCCAGGAGCAGCCACGCGGGCAGCAAGCAGCAAAAGGGCCUUGGAAACAGAAACACUUUAAAGGGCUCUCUGAUAUCACCGCCACCACCACCAUCAUCAUCCUUGAUCAGUCCCCUGUUGCUGCUACUGCCGGAUGAAGGACUCCUUCCCAAAACACCGCCGCCACCGCCUCUCGCGUUGACGACCCUGCGGUGAAAAAGAGCCUCGACUCUUCCCCCGCCGACCGCUCCGCCGUCACGAUUCACGACCACCCGUCGCGCCGAGGUCGCGGUGCCGCCGUUAUCGGUGAGCGUGCGAAGGCGCGGUAUCCAGGAGGAGCGAGCUGCUACCAGCCAACCGCCGUGCUUGCCUCGAGCCCUGCCAACAGGAGCUCCAGUCUCCUCUUGCACUUGACUUUGGAGUAAACACUGGUACAGAUGAGAAGUCCGCAGCACUGGAGAGUUCCUUUUGAACUUCGGGCCUCGAUUAUAGCUCUUGUAUUGUGUUUUUUUAUUAUUACUGGAAGAGGAGGUGGUGGUAGUGAUGGGUGGGACACGUGGUUGGUUGUGUGCAAGGUGGCAGAAAUGGGGCAGAUAAUCAAGAGGGGCAUUGCAGUGUAACCCAGAGUUCAGUGACCAAGGGGAAGAGAAGACAUAAGACCCGUGGACGAUGAUGACGAUGAUGAUGCCGUGGGAUCUGGCAGAAGGGAAGGAGCAAUGGCGAGGGUGUGCUUGAUAAUCACUCGUUACCGUGACGAACGUGACUGUGCCUUGACCCCCUGUGUUUGACCCACAACGCUGCGUGGGAUAAUCACUGUCGUUGCCGUGACGAACGUGACUGUGCCUUGACCCCCUGUGUUUGACCCGCAACGCUGCGUGGGAUAAUCACUGUCGUUGCCGUGACGAACGUGACUGUGCCUUGACCCCCUGUGUUUGACCCGCAACGCUGCGUGGGAUAAUCACUGUUGUUACCGUGACGAACGUGACUGUGCCUUGACCCCCUGUGUUUGACCCGCAACGCUGCGUGGGAUAAUCACUGUUGUUACCGUGACGAACGUGACUGUGCCUUGACCCCCUGUGUUUGACCCGCAACGCUGCGUGGGAUAAUCACUGUCGUUGCCGUGACGAACGUGACUGUGCCUUGACCCCCCUGUGUUUGACCCGCAACGCUGUGUGGGAUUGGGUGGCCGUGGUUCUAACGUGGGGGGUGUCACAAUUCAUCGUCGUGGUGAUGUCCAGAAGGGGCGGGUCAACCAGUUACAACAACAAACUGCAAAAAAACGAUAGGUGUACAAAAUAGAGAAAAGCUAAGCAAAUCACGAUAAAUGGAAAUAUAGUAUAUAAACUUGGCAGACGAUCAUUCACCUCCAUCCACCAUCUGUCCCCACACGUCCCAUCGGCCACAGCGGCCACGUAAGCCACACGAGUGCACGAUCAGCGUCUCAUUAGCAGGGAACAGGCUUUGCCAGUAAACAAUCGCUCAAACAGCAAUUGGAUCAGUCAUGCCAAGGCAGCUACGGUUUAAUAAUUGUUUAGUUCAGUUUUUGGUUUGUGCAAUUACCAUUUAAACAAAUCAUCAACAUUCUAAUUCCAACACCCACGAUGUCUAUCUGACUGCGUGUGUGCGUAUGAAUUGAUCGUGCGUGAUCGACGCAUGUGUUGGUUACACGAGGGUUGGUGGAUCACAUGUUGUGUGAUCCACCACCUCCCUUCCCGUGGGCUUUGAGGAGGAAGCCAUAACCGUGGCUCGUCACAAGAAGGCAGUACAGCAAAGUGUGGGCUAAUCUCCACCUGUUCCAUCGGUACGAGAUAGUAUGUCCCCCUCGCUCGCACGUGUGGGUUUUCUAAGGUUGCUCCGUUAUCCCACGUGUAUGAAUUUUUAUUGGCCAAUACUACCUUCAUAUAUAGAGGACCGCAGAGCUUGGGCAGUUGUUGGUAUCGCCGGCUCGUCACAACCGUGUGGCUGCUGCUGCUGCCUCCCCGCUCCUCGUCCGUGGUUCCUCCUGGCGCCUCUGAGCCAUCCCCUCUCCUGAGUGGCGGUGGCAAAGCGGCGUCACAAGAUGACAUCGUUACUCUUCAGUGCUGCAUGCGAUGAAAGCGUGGCGAGCUGUAAGAAUCGAUUUUCACUGUGAUUAACCAAUACUUAUUGUAGCUGUGGAUGGUGGGGUUGGGAACAGGGAGGGUAGGGAGGUGGUAGGAGCAGGGGGGUGGGGGGGAUUUGCACUUGGAGAGCAGGGAUGAUUAAUCUCAAACCGGAAUAUUUAACUGGGUCGCUGGUAAAAACAAAACUCGAGCAGGUAGCACGUGACUUAGAAGCCAUAGCCAAUCGCUAGAAGUAUACUGGAUGCGGUGUGCCGGGUCCUCGAAUAUUGUCCCCGGUCGCUAGUGGACUGAAACAGGUGGCACGUGACUGUUACACGCCUCAGCCCGUAGCAAGAGGUAUGUUGAAUGUGGUGUGCCGUGCUCUACACGGACCCAACCUGGCAAGAAGUCUUGAGCUAAAGCGUUCUAACAGCCAGGCCUCGCGGCCCCUGCGACUCCGUGCUUCGCCUGUCCACGUUUACCAAACCUCUGCUCUCCAAUGUACAGUUCAGUGGCUGCGCGCUACACGUGCCUGAUGAUUGAGAAGCAACCCCCCACGCGACCUACAGAGAGUAUGCAUUCAUGUACCGUAGAAGCGCCCUCUACGGCCCAUGGGACGACAAAGUGUCGUGGCAAGUGCAGUCAGCGAGCACCUAUUAAGGCCGGAAUGACACUCGAGGGGAUGGUGUGGUGAGCACCACGCUCGCAUCCCUUUGUCUCCCUAAUGCUGAUGUUUACAGGUGUUCACACAUCGCCAUCGGGCAAUCAUUUAAGGCCAAGUCGACCUAGGGGAGCCCCUAAUGCGGUCAAUAUAUAACUCGCCACUGAUCUUAUCUGUGGCCGCCUCACCGGGUUCGUAACGUAGUGCGCCAACCGCUGUGCCACCGCUCCUCGUGUCACACGAGUCACGUGGGUGGGAUAGAUCUUGAAGGGAAUGUGAGCUCUUGGAGUUCACCAACCAUCUGUUGUGGGCAGCGUGUAACGACCUCAUAGAAUAUGUAACUGGACAAAAAGUUGGUAAACAUUGGGGGGAUGGGAAGGGGUUCGUGAGAGGGGAGGGCUGACGUUUGAGAAGACAGUUUCAGCAAGCAAACCUCAGCGGCUCGGUUUUAUAUCGCAUUGGUUAUAAGUGCAUUAUUAUUAUUGAUUAUAAUUGUUUGAGAUGUGUGAAUAGCACCGAUCUGUGCCUUUGGCAUCCAGCUAAUAGCACGUGCGGCAAGGCGCAGCGGGCAGUGGGGGCAGCACUGCCCUCGUGGCUGGGCAAAUCUCCCCUCGUGCCGUGACAGCUUAUCCCGUCUGGAAAGCCAAGCAGGGCUUGCCAGGUGUUGUAGACGCGGGGCUGAUGAGUGUUGUCCCCUCAUACAAGCAGCGUGGGUUGUCUCCGGCUUCUGCGGUUGCCGCCCACGCGAAGCCAAACGCUCACUAAUGGUAUUCGUGGCCAAGCAUCCCAAUUUUAGCAGUACCCUCUUGAAAGCGAGUCUGAGGUUUUCUUUAAUAAAUAAUUGACACUUAUUAUAAUGUGCGCUCACACACAUACACACCUGGCUAGCUUUAGUAGGCAAGGCUUGAGUGAGGAGGUCGCGUAAGGAGACGGCGCUAUCUCUCCAAAACGUUAGAUCCGGACUCGCGGUUCUACGCUGUGGCAAGUUCCCAUCUCAGCUCUAACACCCGCAUCUAGCCCUGGCUAGAGACUUACCCAAAGCUCUACCCCGAACCUUACCUCUCACACCCGGCUCGAGCCCAGCCCCGGCACCUGAACUCGCCCUAUCCGUAACCAUAGCUGUAACCAGUCUUAAAUUUAACGCUCGCCCAAAAUCUCUAUCCCUGACCAUAUAGCCAUCGCCCUACCCAUUGCCCUACCCAUAGCCCUGCAUCUCACGAUGGCUCUCAUUGUGACCCCGCUGUCCAGGUCUGUGUAUCCGUACUAGGGCUGGGUUCGAGUCACGACCCUGUAGCCUUACCUCACCUUGCGCAACAGUCCGCCUUGCACGUCAGAGCGCAAAUCAGCACCAGGCGGUGAAUGGCGUCCUGAUCCAGCGAUGUAUAAUGGCCCAUGUCACAUUGGGAAUCCAUACAGGAGCUCCUCAAUGUCACUGCGCAACACACCACCAUCAUGAAUGCACCAUUGAGCCUGGUUCCUACUUGGGUGUGAAUACCAGGUGUUUGGAGGCUUUGUCUCAAGGGCGAUCAGUACCGUACGGGAUUAUUUAACCAUCCAUGCGGGGUUUUGUGUGUCGCCCCUCCCAAGCGUGGUUUGUUUUCCCCGGGAAUUGUCACGAAGCCAAACUGCCACUACAUAGAACUGACCAAAUAUCUAAACGCAGGACCCCUCUGAAAGAGUUGAGACUCGCUGAGGCUUUGCUGGAUAACUAAUUACCAUUUUCAACUGCAAAACAAAUAUGUGGACUGUAUCCAUUAGCUAUAGGAUUGCCGAUAGGUGGUAGGGAGCGAGGACUAGGGCUUGGCCCCACUCAACCCCAUUCCCCGCCUCCAGCGGGGAUCCAACACGGCCCCACAGUGAAACCCCUCGGAGCUGCACUCGGCGAGGAGGCGCAGGGGCGCCGUUGGUAGAGCACGUGGUAGACUGAAGGCGAUCAGCUCAAGCCUCCCGUAAAUCACGUGACUUCUGAGUGGCCACCCACACUCUGAAUCACCCCCUCCUUUCUUGAAAAAAACCAAGCAGCUCCACCAGCUCGCUUCUGCCUGCUCCUCUCUCAUAAUUCACCGCCCCCUCUUCAUCCCACACAUCUCGGCCCGGUCAUCCCCCCUUCUUCCCUUCCUGCACCGCCGCUCCUCCCCCUCGCUCCCUGCUGCUCAUCUUGAGCCGUGCCCUCCCUCUCUCUGAUCGUGUUGGUGGCGACUUCAGUCCCGGCCUCCCUCCCCUCUCCCGCUCCUCUCCUACGCAUCCUCUCAUCGACUCUGCUCCCGUUGCCGCGGUGGUGAUUGUAGGCUUCAGGGUGCAAAGUUGUAUUGAGACAAUGUUUUAAAAGCCUAACGGGUGAGCCCGCGCUUUUGGCCGCCUGGGUUUCUGACGUGCCCUGCACCUCAUAGCAACAUUGCGCUGUUGUUUGCUCACAUUCGUUUUCUGCAUUUUAUUUUCUUUUGAAGUGAUUCAGCCUCUAAAUGAUUGAUGUUAGCCCCCCCACAACGAGCACGCGUCACUGCCGCGUCUUUGGAACUGCAGACACUGGCCGGACCGUUCUGUAAUGUUCCAAGUAAUUAUUUAUUUACCCAAGAAAGCCACGCUGAGUCUGAGCUACUUUUUUCGGGAGAGUCCUACAUUGGGCAGGUUUGGCCAAUAGCGGUUACUUUGCCAUUUUAGCUACGUGCGGAGGCAGAGUAACACGAAGGAAACCGAUGCGUAACACGGGGAGAGAACAUGCAAACUCCGCACAGCGAGGCGCCCGAGUCGAGAGUCGAACCCAUGGACCUCUUGCCGUGAGGCUCAAGCGUUGAUCGCACAGCGCCGCCACCGCUUCCCUCCCGUGUGGGCGUCUUCGUCGUGGAACACGAAGCGAGCUACGCGAGCGCGGGAGGGGGGGGGCGAGGAGUGAGCCGAGAGCCCCGACGCGUGGAGUCGCCUGGGUUCGAUGCCAGAGCCGGGCUCGGGGACACUGGCUGCCUCUGCUGCCAUUCUUCGGUGUCUGUAUGCGGUUUGCCUGCUAUGUUAUUAUUCGUAUCUGUGUUGUUUUUAGACUAAGUUUUGCACUAGAAAUCGCAAGGGCUGUAUGUGUAUAUUAAUAAUAAGCACCGCCAAGCAUUUUUUGCACUGAAUUAAAGAUCGGACUGGGGUGUAUAGUA